GACCAUGGGUUCCGGAGACAAUUCCGCGACCGCCCGGCUGGCCACGGUCUCCAACCGCGCUGCCAAAGUCUCAAAAGAAACAGCAGCAAACAAGAUGUGGGAUGUCUUCACAGAUCUAUACGAUGCUACCACCAACGAGAAUGGAUUCGUCAAUGUCGGGGUGGCAGAGAACUUCCUGAUGCAUAGCACAUUACUGGACUAUAUCCGUACACAUGCAGACUUACCUCCCCACUACCUGACAUACAAUGAUGGAGGGGAUGGGUCACGGAGGCUGAAGACCGCUGCCUCGCGGUUCCUGAACCGUCAUCUGAAGCCCGUGGUGCCGCUGAAACCUGAGCAUCUAAUGGUGACUAAUGGGGUAUCGGCUGCCAUCGAGCAUUUGGCGUGGGCAUUUACAGAUCCCGGCGAAGGUAUCCUGCUCGGCCGACCUCAUUACGGGGCGUUUGUACCAGACAUGACAUCUCGUCCCGAAGCCGAGGUGGUUCCCGUAUCGUUUGACGAUAUAGAUCCGUUUGAAGUUCGAUGCGUGACAAAAUAUGAAAGGGCAUUGCUCGACUUCGAAGCACGAACGGGUAAACGGGUCCGGGCGCUGAUGCUGUGUCACCCACACAACCCACUGGGACGGUGCUAUCCCCGCGAAACGAUCAUUGAGCUGAUGAAGUUCUGCCAGCGGUAUCAGAUCCACCUUAUCAGCGACGAGAUAUACGCCCUGUCCGUGUGGGCGAACACCGUCGACACCGCACCGGGCACACCGCCUCCCGUAAAGUUUGAGUCUGCUCUCUCGAUACCAACGCAGGGGCUGAUCGAUGCCAACCUGCUGCACGCCCUCUGGGGGAUGAGCAAGGACUUUGGCGCCAACGGUCUGCGGGUGGGAAUAAUUAUAUCCCAAUCCAACCCGGAGCUACUGGCUGCCAUCAAGGGGCCGACGCUGUACUCGUAUGUUUCGGGACUAUCCGACCACGUUGCCUCGAGCAUUCUUGAGAACGAAGCGUUCACCGACCGCUACAUCGCCGUCAACCAGAGGAAGUUAUCUGAGUCCUACGCCUUUGUCGCUCGGGCCAUGCAGGACCACGACAUCGAGUAUGCGACGGGCUGCAACGCCUCGUUCUUCGUGUGGGUGAACCUGGGCAAAGCGUACCUGCGGAACAAGCAGAUCCCGAUGCCGGCGGAUCUGACAUGCACGGUAAUGGGCGAGCUGAUAUCCAAGCGUGUGUUCCUUGCUGACGGAACGGCGUUUGGGUCGGAGAAGCCAGGCUGGUUCCGGAUAGUGUUUUCGCAUCCUCGGCCGUUCCUGGACGAGGCGUUGGGUAGAAUCAUGGCGGCGAUAGGGGAGCCUUACAAGUAUGCAUCGAAGCCCGAGUGUAGCGCUCGAGCAAAGCUAUAACUGGCCGGCAUGGAGCUUGUCUUGGCUCGAGAUCUAGACUUUCUUGUUGUAUCGCUGAGCCGGGGGAAGGGGGAAUGAAUGAGGGGGUCGUUUGGAAUAAUAAUGCUUCGUUAUUCUUGGGAUGUAACCAGUAACUGUUCAGAGUGCAUAUGUCCAGAAUGCAUCAGGGCAUUGUUGUUCUAGCCGUGACGAUCAAGCGUUCCGAUAUCUCUCGGCAUUUCCGUGCUACGGCUCUAGACUUCUCCCUUGUAUGACAAGCCACAUGGCAACAAUGACUAGAAGUGGUACAAGAGGGGAUGUUUGGGAGACGGCUGAAACCCGCCAUCGGGAUGCACCACUAACCUAAGCAUUAUUCGGCCCUUUUCUAGUCAUCGAGUACCGAACCAGCUUCCGUCUCGUCUCCUGCCUCCCCCUUUCCCCGGGUGACCGCUACAUGGUCCCCUCCCCUAAGAAGCGCUGAAGCCAGUCUUCCAUACGAGCAGACCAUGCCUCAAACGCUUCGCUACCUUUAAUCUGUGUUACUAUGAGCAUUCCUGAUCGGAGAUUGCUUAUACUACUGGUUUGUUAUAGUGUCGGUGCACUGCUUUGCUCCGUGAGGGCGCGGGACUGACGGCCAGCA